CGCUGACACUUUGACGACUUUGUUUUCCUUUUGCGAAAUAAAGAAAUUUUUGUUACAACAAAUUGCAUUUUAGUAGCAGUUGUCGGGUCAAAAUUCGAUAAAAUAUAUUAACAAACUAGAAUAUGCCUGCAGUAGAAGAGGCGGAAAUCAAUAAAUAUCUUUCAAAGUAUAAAAAUGUGGCCGCCACAAGGAAAGACGUUGUCGAUGUUAUUACUACGUAUCGCAGUUUAACGUACGAUCUGCAAAAGUUUGUUUUUAACGAUGGCAGCUCCAAGGAUUUGUUUCAACUGCAAGGUACCAUACCAGUGGUUUAUAAAAAUAACACCUACUACAUUCCCAUAUGUAUAUGGCUGAUGGAUACACAUCCGCAAAAUGCGCCCAUGUGCUUUGUGAGACCUACGCCUACCAUGCAGAUUAAGGUCUCCAUGUAUGUGGAUCACAAUGGCAAGGUUUAUCUGCCUUAUCUGCAUGAGUGGCAGCCGCACCGUUCCGAUCUGCUUUCACUGAUCCAAGUGAUGAUAGUGACAUUUGGCGAUCAUCCGCCUGUAUACUCAAAGCCUAAGGAACAGGUCGCUGCUCCAUAUCCAACGAACUCUUAUAUGCCGCAACCUGGUGGUGGACAAGGUCCCAGCAAUUCGUAUCUGCCUUAUCCGAAUGCUGCUGCUGGUGGUGGCAAUUUUCCACCAUAUCCCACAGGUGGCAAUUUUGGACCAUAUCCACCAAGUGGCGCGGCACCGGGAGGAGGCUCAACUGGCUAUCCGCCCUACAUGAAUUAUCCACAACCCGGCGGUUAUCCAGGCAACGCUGGCUAUAACCCAUCUGGGAAUACCAAUGCCAAUUCAACGGGAACCAUCACGGAGGAGCACAUUAAAGCAUCACUUAUUAGCGCAGUAGAGGACAAGUUGAGGCGUCGUAUCCAAGAGAAAGUUAACCAAUAUCAGGCUGAGAUUGAAACAUUGAAUCGGACCAAGCAAGAAUUAGUCGAGGGCAGUGCCAAGAUUGACGGCAUCGUUUCGCGUUUGGAGCGGGAGCAAACCGAUUUACAGAAAAACAUAAGCGUGCUGCGUGAUAAGGAGGAGGAACUAAAGAAAAACCUGGAGACGCUUGAGAAUGCCGAGGCAAUUGAUCCGGACGAAGCGGUGACUACAACUGCUCCCCUAUACAAACAAUUACUGAAUGCCUAUGCUGAUGAGGCCGCCACCGAGGAUGCAAUCUACUAUUUGGGCGAGGGACUGCGUGGAAGUGUCAUCGAUCUGGAGACGUUCUUGAAGCAUGUGCGUACGCUGUCCAGGAAGCAGUUUAUCUUGCGUGCUACAAUGCAGAAGUGUAGGCAAAAAGCUGGACUCGCUGGCUAGUAAACAAGAUACCAGACACUUUUCCAGCUGGUCUAGUAAAAGAUA